UUUUGUGUACUUGGCUGUAUUCAAUGAGGUUUUGAAUUUCACUGUCGAUUUUGGCAAGGUUUCCUGCCUUUGGCCUUAAGUCAACAUCAGUUCCAGUUGAACAGUUCUUGUCAACUAAGCCUGCGUUCAGAGGUUUGGGACACAGUGGAUGUAUCCGAAGUAAAGUUGAUAUCUGGCUUGAUUGAGAUCAGCCGCCAGGUACUAAGGGAGACCCAUUCAAUGCAAGAAAACUAUUGUUUUGCAUGUGACUGUUUCAGAUGUUACCAACGCGGUUUCCUUUUUGGCAAGCAUUAUGAAGGAAGUCCUUUGCUUCUGCCUGAUUUUGUCUUUCUUAUGGGAACAGAUGGUGAAGGCUUAUAAAUAUAUGAGUGGUAUUUUCUUAGUGACUCAUCCAUCAAAGCAACGAGCCUCAGACUGUUCCGGGCAGCCGACCAAGAUGGACGUAAGCAUACUUGAAGAGCAAUACGACUGUCUAAAGCAGAAGCAAAAGCUGCAGACACACAUUAUUAUAUUUAAAACAGGUGAAAGUGAGACAGUUCCCAGAGAGUCCAUGGUCAAUGCUGUUGUGAUUAACAAGAAAAUAAGAAAAGCACAUGCAGUUAAACAAUCUUUUUCCACCAGAGACGUCUGCCUUGAGUUACCCAGCAGCAGAAAUAUACAUGAGAAUUCCCCAUGGCGUGUACAUUUGGAGCUCCACCGUCUCACACAAGGAAAAGAGCCUCAGAAAGUUCCCUGUGAUAUUGUCCAAAAUAAGAAUGAAGAGAUUCACACUGACAAUCAAAUACCAUCUCAGAAGAGUGAAGAACCAUGUGAAGAAUUAUUUGAAAGUACCGAACUAUCCACUGGAUUAUUGAAUAAGCAGGAAAACUUGAUUCUUCUUGGGGGAAAAGACAGCUCCAAUUCAUCUUUGGCACCAGUUACUUCACCUAUUUGGACACAUUCACAAAAUUCAGCCCCCAAAUGGACAGCAACUUCCAAUAAGCUAUGUUAUUACCCAUUCCCUCAGAAAAAAAAUCACAAGAUUUCUGAAGCUGCAAAAAGAGUUGGACUUUAUGUUUCCCACUGAGAACACUAAGAAUCGGUUCACACAGCCAGAUUCCCCGUGUUUAAGUAAUGGCAUGUUUCUACUAGGCACAGCUAUGACUGUAAUUUGACGGAACAAAACAUAACUAGGCCAGCCCUAUAAUCAUGAGAGCUGCUAUGGUUGUACUCAUGUGCAGCAGCGUAGUCCACACGAAUGUUCCCCCAUGUGCACCUGGCUAGCCAACAAAAGCCAUCACAAUUGAUCAGGUGUGUAGAAAAUCUGUUUUCAGCUUUCAACAGAGAAAGUAAAUUUGCUGCAUCCAUAUCCUUCAUCUUGCAUAUACUUGUAGUUUCUAUUAAGGAAAAAUUACAAAAAUAUCUGCUUCUUUUUUCAGCCCAAUUUCCCUUUUUUAAAGAAGAGGGAGUUUUCCACUUAGGUUUGUGGAAUAAGAGAAACAAAGGAAAGUUUGUAACCAAGAAAAGUAGAAGGUAUAAUAGGAACUAUAUUUCAGAUAUUGUUGUGUGGUCUCCUUCCACUUCAGUAGUUGGAAUUAUUGAAAUUCUUCUUCCAUGGCCAGUCUCUAAUACUGUCUGUCAGGGUCAGCUAGUUCUGGAACAAGAGAAAUAUGUGAACUCUCACAAAUAUUUUACCAAAUAGUGUUGAUUUGCAUGCAAAACAACAAUUGCUUAAAAAUCUGUUUCACAUUAAGUAGUAGUAUCUAGGUUUGUGUAAAAUGUGCUUUGAAGGUUCAUUGUGAGAAAAAAGUUUAGCCCUGUAAUUUCAAUUGCCUUUUGGUGCCUUAAAAGCAUCAAAUGAUGAUGAUGAUGACUUGUUCAAAACAAAAAGAUGAACAAACCACAUCUUUGUUCUAAUCCAGUUGGGUAAGUCUAAUAUUCUGAGGUACCGUAGUCAUAUAUACAAGCCAAAAGUGGACCUCUACAUGUCCUCUUUAUGUUUUCAAGGUAUAAUUGUUAAAAUUGCUCUUUUUUGGUGACAUUAUGUUAGAUUUAUUUAAAUCAAAUGUUGGAGUUAAGAGAGGAAGCAUAGUUGUAUAACAUACACAUUUACCUAGGAAUAAGCCAUAUAGAUCUCAGCAAAAGUUAUAUCAGAGUAUAUGGUUUAUAUUAUACUAUACAGAUGUAGAGCUGUGCUGUUAAUUAGCUGUUCUGACCUGGUGAUCUAGGGUGCCAUUUGUAAAGCAAUAGGAAAAAGGAUUAUUAGUGCAUAUUGCUUUGAAUAUACUUUUACUGAAAUAAAUUACAUUUUUCCUGCAUA